CGUCCAGUUGACAUAUGAAAUUCAGAUUCAAUAUGGCGGCCUCCAUUAGGUUUCUUGUUCGGAGAAUGGUUCGUGACUAUUCUCGAAACAUAAACUGUAGCGUGUCUUGUCAAAUAGUCAGAUCAAGUUGCCCUUUAAAUCUAUCAGCGUGCCGUUGUUUCAGCGACAAUGCAGAGAACAAAACUACUCAUUUUGGCUUCGAGACCGUUCCUGAAGGAGAAAAGACAGAGAGAGUGUACAAGGUGUUUGAGAGUGUGGCUCAGAAGUAUGACCUGAUGAAUGAUGCUAUGAGUCUUGGGGUCCACCGACUCUGGAAGGAUAUGCUUCUCCAUGUUAUGAACCCACAGCCGGGCAUGCGACUACUGGAUGUAGCUGGAGGAACUGGUGACAUUUCGUUCAGGUUCCUGGACUAUGUGAGGUCACAGGAGGAGCGUGUUGCGCGGCGAGUGGCCCAAGCCAACCAGACGCCCUCGUGGCAGGAGAUCUCUACCAGCUAUGCAGCCCCCGGUCAGGAGGAGGUGGAACCCCGUCGGUCCAGAGCCAUAGUCUGCGACAUCAACAAGGAGAUGCUCAAAGUGGGCCAGCAGAAAGCAGACCGCAUGGGCCUCACUAGUGGCCUGUCGUGGGUUGUAGGUAAUGCUGAGGAGCUGCCCUUCGAUGAUGACCAAUUUGAUGUCUACACCGUUGCUUUCGGCAUCCGUAACGUCACACACAUAGACUUGGCCCUACAGGAGGCUUUCCGGGUGCUGAAGCCAGGAGGAAGGUUCAUUUGUCUGGAGUUCAGUAAGGUGGCCAACCCACUCUUGUCCCAGCUCUACAAUGCCUACAGUUUCCAGGUGAUUCCAGUUCUGGGGGAGGUGAUCGCUGGUGACUGGAAGUCCUAUCAGUACCUAGUGGAGAGCAUCAGGAAAUUCCCAGACCAGGAGACUUUCAAAGGAAUGAUUGAGGACGCAGGAUUUUUUUCAGUCCGCUAUCACAACCUCACAGGGGGAGUGGUGGCCAUCCACUCUGGAUUUAAACUGUGAGAAGAAACAUUGUUGGUCUAGAAUCAGCAACCUAAUCUCCAUAAAAUGUAAUUCCUAAGGAUCUUAAUGGCCGAUCCUGGACCUUUCAUGAGUACAGCCCUGGAUUUUAUUGCAUUGAGAAUGCUUAACUCUGACCAGCUUAAGGCAAGGCCCAGUGUCAGACAGUAUGUCUUGGGUAUUUCUGACUGGGGUUUUAAACCUAAGAAUGUCCCACCACAAACAAUGGGGAAAUAACAUGAAUUGUACUUUGGAAAGAAACAAAAAUGGACACUGCAAUAUUUCAAUUUCUUUUUCUGGUGAUUUUAGAAAAAUUUAUUAAUUCCUAAUUCAUCCUGCUUUGUAUAUACCGCGCCCCUUUUGACCCUUUGGUGUACUAUAUAGGGAACAAGGUGCCAUUUAGGAUCCAGUGAUCAACCAAUGGUAAGGAGCUCUUAGCAAAAGGAUGCACAACCCAGAGAUGGAAAUCUGUUUUGCUAUGUCAAGCCGAAUGUGUCUAGUUGGUUUUACAAAUAAAGGCCUCCUUUGUGCUUUAACCA